AUGAACACUUUUACUGUUCCGCCCGGCUACAAGUUCCGACCCACAAGUCAAAUAAUUCUUAUCACACAUCUUAAACCUAUAGUUUUUGGUGAUUUAGAAAAUCUACUUACAAGCAAUAAUAAUAUACGUGAAGCUGAUAUCUAUAGUUGUCAUCCAUCUGAGUUAUUUCAAGACUUGCAACACAACGAUGACGAAUAUAAAAUUGAACGUUAUUUUUACACUACAUUGAAGAAAGUUAGUGACAAAGAUGGUAAGAAUGGAAGAAACUACCUAAGAAAUAUUGAAAAAAUUGGAAAGUGGCAUGGUGAGUAUACCAAGACAAUUCUUGAUGAUCAUGGUGAAGUUAUAGGGUAUGAUAAAUAUUUCAAGUUUGUAUCAGAAACAAAAGAUGAUAAUAAGACGGAGGAAUGGAAUAUGCAUGAGUAUUCUUUAAAACAAGAGCUUAUACCAGAGUAUAUUGAUGAAAAGAAGAAGAAUUUAGUGGUAUGUAAGAUUGUCAAGAUAGUGAAGGCUAAUCGCAUAGUCAAAAACAAAAAUAGAGUGUUGAUUCGUUUGAGAUGUGCACAAGCACAACCUUGUUCUUGUCAUGGUAGUAGUAAUAAUAAUAAUGACGUGAUUAUGAUAGCGAAUUAUGCGGAACAACAACAACAACAACAACAACAACAACCAAGUGAUCAUGAUCAGAUUAUUGUUAAUCACUCGGAAGAUAGUACUAUUGUUGGUAGCAAUGUCGUCAAUAAUGGUAGUGACAUGAAUAUGAUGACGAAUUAUGUCUUUAUUGAUCAGCAAGAGGAAGAACUAUCGUGGAAGAACCAACAAUCAAGUGAUCAUAUUAUUGUUAAUAACUUGGAAGAUAAUACUAUUGUUGGUAGCAAUGUCGUCAAUGGUAGUGACAUGAAUAUGAUGACGGAUUAUGUCUUUAUUGAUCAACAAGAUGAAGAACCAUCAUGGAAUAAACAACAACCAAGUGAUCAGAUUAUUAUUAAUAACUUGGAAGAUAAUACUAUUGUUGGUAGCAGCAAUGUGAAUGGUUGUAACUUGAAUAUGAUGACGGAUUAUGUUGUUAUUGCUGAACAAGAGGAUGAAGAAGUAUCAUGGAAGAACCAACAACAAAGUCAAAGUGAUCAGAUUAUUAUUCUUAACAACUUGGAAGAUGUCAAUGGUAGUAACGUGAGGAUAGACCAACUAUUUGAUUAUGAAGUUCAAUGCCGUAAAGUACGUAAAGAAGGAGAUAUAUUUGUACAUUCAUUAUUGAUCACUGAGGAAGAGCAAGAUGAUUUGAUCAGAGAAUACCAACAAACUCAGCACGCAGGAGAAUGA